AUGGACGAGAUGACAAAGGGAGAGGCAGCCAUUGCUUGGGGUUGGCUCCUGGAAGCUUUGGCAGGCUUCAAAGAAGUUGGGGUAUCGCUUUUACAUGAUUUGAUUAAGAUGGCUCCGGAUUUGCCCGAGGAUUUGGAAACGAAAGUAAACGAAAGGGUUGCUUUGAGAUGUUUGGAGGAUUUUUUUUCCCCUGGUGAUAUUCCCGCUCCUCUUCCAUCUACUUCUACUUCUACUCACCAUUCAAAAGUCACCUUUGAUUUAUCGGAAAGUUGCGACGAUGUUCUCCAACGCAUCGUGAACGAGACACCAGAAUCUGAUUUGAAAAUGGGUGGCCCUGGGCUGUUGAAAUGGGAUGUUCAGCCCUUUAUCGUGCACAAACGAGCUUCUAUGCCUAAAUGUGCUUUGAGCCAGCUCAAAGAUUCAAUUCUUGACGGUACACAUCCAUAUGCUGAUUUCUUGAUUAAAAAGAGCGGCUUAACAUCUACCAGGGACGGUGGUAAUGAUAGACUUCCUGUCAGUGAUAGUAGUAGGAGGAGAAGGUUCAAUGGGAGCUGCUCUAAUGCUAAAAACUUGAGCGUAGAAGGAAAUGAUGCAAAUGUAUUGCCUUCCAAGAGGGAUUUGAUUGCCUCAAAUUCUGAAAAUUUGGCAGAUGAAGACCAUGGUGGAGUAAAUGACUCUGAUGAUUCGCGUAGAAAUGUCAAGAAGGUGAAGUUGGAUGCCUCUUAUGUCUCACAGUCUGUUGAACACAACCCGACUUCUUUGCCUCAGAAAGAACUAAUGGAUGAUUCAUCUGAAAGAGAUAGUCCAGUUUUCGAGAGUGAAAGGUGUGUUUUAGCAGAAUAUCGCAUGAGAAUGUUGGAGGAAAGUGCGGUCUUAGAGGAUGAUCAUGAUAAUUAUACAAGCUCAAAGAGGUCUGGACAGAGCACGGAGGUUGCAAUCCAUAAGAGUCAGUUAGAAAUUCCUUGUACUGCUGAAGGCAAAGACGAUAGUGAGCAUUGUCCUGAACCAACAACAUCAGGUGUUGUUCCUCCGGAUUUAACCCAGCAUAAAGUUUCUGAGCAUGGUUCUCAUGUUAACGUAGCACGUGCUGCAUCUGCAGAUGGAUCCCAGCAGAAGACCGGUGCUGAUCGAGCCAAAGAUCCCAUGGAUUGCAAUUUCGAGUCAAGUGAUAGCUAUGGGUUUAAUAAUGAGAAGAUUGAUGUUGCCAUGAAGAAGCAAGAUUUCUUGACCUCUCAAUGCAUGUUAAAUCGUGCUUACUCAGACACAAUUGAUUGGACAGAGGAAAAUAUUUGUAUGAAGUGUAAUGAAGGUGGUCAGUUGUUGAUAUGCAGUACCAGUGAUUGCCCUUUGGUAUAUCAUGAAAAGUGUCUUGGUUCUGAGUUCAUUUGUUAUAAGAAAGGUAACUUCUACUGCCCCUUCUGUUCGCAUUCUCUUGCUCUUAAGGAGUACCUAGAAGCUAAGAAAAAAGCUUCUCUCUUAAGGAAAGAUCUAGAUGCAUUUAUGUGUAACGUUUCGGAACAUCAGCCAGUAAAGUUUCUUUGA